UUAUUGAAAAUUGUACGAGAUGAUGAUGCUGGAUUUAGCCACUGGGGCAACGAUCACGACGUGCUUAGCAGCUGCGAAGAUUUCAGAAUCAAGAACGAGGAUAUUCUUCUCGAUCCUGGACAAAAGUUCGAGGGGAACGAGAAAGUCUGCGACCUUUGUCAAGAAAAAUUCCACUUCGUAACCAGAUUAGUAGCUCAUCUGAGGAUCGUCCACGGUAUCCAUAGACCCUUCAAAUGUGUCACGUGUGGGAAGACAUAUCCGCAGCAGUUUAUGCUAAACGCUCAUGUGAAAAAAUCUCACACUCCUAAAACGAUCCCUUGCACUGAAUGCAGUUUCAUGGGGGUGAAUGCCACUGACGUGGAAAGACAUACGAAACGACACCAUCGAGAAAUGAAGUUCACCUGUGAAAUCUGUAGCGAGAACUUCGUAGACAAGGAUUCCUUGAUGACUCACACAACUAUGCAUAACUUUAUGCAGUUUCAACAAUGUAACGCUUGUGGUACUACGUUCAACGACGCGUACAGCCUAAAGGAGCACAACCGUUUGUACCACUACGAUCCAACAACGUUGAUUCAAGAGAAGCUCGAAACUGACAGUCCGCAGAACAUCACGGAGCACAAAUGCGACGUCUGUGGGAAGAUUUACAAGUACAAAUCGGUCUUGAAGCAACACAAAGUGAAAGCUCACGGUGAUAUGCCAAAUUACGAGAGACGUCGAUAUUUGUGCGCUCUUUGCGGGAAAGAAUUAAAAACCGCAAAAGGCCUCGAAAUUCACAAUCGAUCGCACACCGGCGAAAAGCCUUACACCUGCGAGGUGUGUGGCAAGUGUUUCGCCUGCGAAACACUGCUCAGGACUCAUAAUGUCACGCACACUGGCGAGAGAAAAUAUUCUUGCGACCAGUGUGGCAAAGCUUUCACGCAGAGAUCCACGUUGGUCGUGCAUAAACGUUAUCAUACCGGCGAACGACCGUAUGUUUGUCCUCGAUGUGGAAAAGGUUUCGUCACCAGGACUGUCCUGAACACUCACAUGAAGUCCUGUCGUUGAAGCCGACCAGACGAUUGUUCGACAUGUGAGAAACACGUUUGAGACAGAAUAGGGGCUUCCGGUUUUGUUGGAAAGAAUACGGUGCUCAAGGUAAGACUGGGACUAUUUCUACAACUUUUAUAAGGCGAAAGUGUCAUUUUAAUUAUAUAUACUGCAGAGCAAUAAGUAUUAGAACUAAUGGGUAUUGGUACUUAAUAUCUGCUGAUAUUUAUGAUGCAUUUGAAUGUUUUUUCUAGUUAUCUUAUUUUAAAUUAUUUACCUCAUUUGCGUCAUUUGUGUUUCGUAAUGUCGAGCAAAGUAAGGCUUUCUUUGACUUUCUCGAUGAAUGUUAUGCGUAGGGUCCUAUUCGAGAAUUUUAACUUUACUUUAAGACUCAUUUUUAUUCCGUAUUUACGAUAUUAAAAAGAUGGUAUUUUUUCUAGUUUAAAUGCAAGCAAUUUGAAGUUACAGUUAUUCGAGUUUGAGUCUUGGAGAUGUUGCUCAAAUAGCUUACGUGAGAAAAGCCAUUGUUCAAACAUAAAAUCGAAAAUGUUUUCGUAUAUUGUUUUGAAACUCGAAAUUAUAUAUAAAUGUGCAACGAUGGUAAAAAUCUAGUAGUAUAUGUGUUACUUGAAUUACUACAAGUAUUAUACGUAUUUGCACACACGGUGUUUAAAUGUUCAAAAUCGAUUUUAAUAGACCCAGUCUUAAAUUGAAAUAUUUUAAUUCCAAGAUAAUGCGAAUGGGGAUUGCAGUAUUAAUUAGACAAAAAAGGAAAGAAACUACGUUAGAUAUUGAAAAGUCAUAGUUCACAAGGAACUUUAAAAGAACUCGUAGAAAAUAAAAAUCAGUACAUGACAAUAAAUAAUAAAAGAAUCCAAUAUGAUAGCGUCUAAGCGUACAGGAAACAAACUUGCGAUCCCUAAAAUAUUAAAUUCAAUUUUGAAACUGUGUCAGGCAUUCUGUCAAUAAGAAUAGCCUACAUGUAUCGUAUUCCCGUUGUUUCUUAUUUCUACUCAUCGAGCAGAUUGACACGGCUCGAUCGUUUAAUACUGGGAGACCCUUGUGCAAUUUAUGACCCUUGAGGUACUUUUAGAAAACUCUCGUGAAAUCAGGCCACCGCUUAAGGAUAUAAUCACCAUUCACCUCAAGCGGAUUAGCAUCGAAAUCGAUCGCUUUUAAAGAAGGCAGCUUUUAUCGUAGGUUCUUCUUAUCGAUGUAAUUUACGUAUAUGUAUAUGCGUUCUCUUCUUUUAUGUAAAAAUUAUGAAGGCGGAUGUUCACGAAACAACGAAAAUAACGAUACUAAUGAUAUUUGUAUUUCUUAACAAAUUUUUACUCUUUUUAAGAGAUGCUACUCUUAAGAAAAUUUUAGAAACUUUUCUUUAUAGAUACAUACAAGUGUGUUUUUUAAUGUGCAGAGUUAGCAAAUACUUGGAAUCUCUGCGACCAUAAAGCCGUCCUUGAUACUAGUAUUAAAGUGUAACAAACCGUUUUUAAUCUAGUUGCACUUGCUAAAUCGUGGAUGUAAAGUACUUCAAUCGAAGGUCACAGGGAAAAAUAUGAAAGAUCUUUUUUUGUUUUGUUUUUUUACAGGGGAACAAUUUUCGAAUUUAAGAGCACUGCAAAAGGAUUUAUUUCGCAUCACUAGAUCUCGUUUUAUUUUGUUCUGGUGUUAAAUAUGUAUUUUUGUUACAUAUCCGAGUGUUUGAAAAAUAUAUUUCCUUUGAACCACCGAGCACGAUUUAAAAAUCAACUAAAAUGGAUUUGUCAUAUGUUUUCCUGCGUCCUCGAUUAACAUCAUGCAAGAUGCAAUUUUACGAUAAUAGAACUCGUAGAAUUCUUACUUAAAAGAAACACUUCGUUUAAUCGAUCGUAAGUCAAUCAUGUAACAAUCAAUUUUUAUAAAUCGAAUAACAAUAACAAUUUUUCAGCUAUUAGAUACUCUCUGUUGUUCGAUAAGCAUAUAAUCCAACUAAAAAUUGACGACUUACUCAUCGAUUAUUAGUUGUACAAAAAAAGACCAUCAUGAAAUAAUGUGAUAUAUUUAACAUCGAUUUAAACUUGUACUUUUUUAUACACAUUUUUUAAAUACUUUUUAUACAUGUGUCGAUUACGAUCAUUCACGUUAUACAAACAGCGAGACGAUUUUUCCUAAAUCCCGUUUACUGAAAUUUCUGGAAUAAUGCUAGCGAAUACGAAUUUUUUAUUAUUAUUGACUGCUUCUAGAUAUUUCUAUAAAUUGUUACUGCCAGACUCUUUUACAAUGUCAUAUUUAUUAUUAAAUUAACUCACCCGAUAAUACUGUCAAUGAUUUUGUAUCGACAAUAAAAAAGCGAAAAAAAUGAUUUCACAACA